AUGAGGAUCUUCAAGGAAGACGUGGGAGUGAUGACCAUGGUGCGGGACGGCCGCGACCUCGGCUGGCUGCUAGCGAGGGACGAGCCCGUGGUCAAGCUCGACUGCCUGUGCUACCUCUUCAAGGUGCCAGACGAGGACAGUGUGCUCCUCAACAAUGGCGUGACGACCGUGGUGCGGAUCGGCCGCGACCUCGAGCUGCAACGUCACAUGCUCGCCAAGGCCAUCGGCGCGGACACCAGCCACCUCAUCAAAGGCAUCUUCAUGUGCAGCGAGGCCUACACCAGCCCGGUUCAAAAGGUGCCCAACCUGAUUAGUCCUCAAGUAGCCGGCGGAGCGAGCUAA